GUGUGAGCAUGGACGUCUCCAGCUUUGCUGCUCUGAAGAAGAAGCUGGCCAAGGAGCCAAAAAAGAAGAAGGAGACGGGGGUUCAGAAACCUGUCGAUGAUUUCUUCAAGAACGAUGGGGCGUCUCAGGUCCCGGAGGGGGGGACCCUCCAAAGCAGUUGAUACCGGUGCUGGUGCCGGGGGGCUCCAAGGGGGAGGAGCUCAAGAGAAAGAACUCCGGGAAGGGUGUCGCUCCCCCGGAGAAUAAGAAGCAGAAGAAGGGGGCCUCCGGGAAGAAAAAUGCUCCCAUUGUGAUAGUCGAGGAGCAGCCUUCCUCGAAUCCUUCUGCGACUACCCCUCCUCGAUCUCCUCCAUCCCCCAUAGACGAGGGAAUCCGCCCGGCGGAGAUCAUCCAGUUCCCUGUCAAGUCGGGGACCUCAGUUAUGCAUGGCACCCUUCAUCCUGUCGGCUUCAUGAGGGGGGUCAUGGCGCCGAAGGAUAGGUCAGUGCUGGCCCGCCUUGGGGAUGACAUCCUCGAUUAUAAAGUCGCGAGCUACAACACUAUGGCUGCCUUGGCUGCUUCUGAGCAGGCCCGAAGGGUUGAGCAGCUGAGGAUUGCCAAGUGCCAGGCGGACGAGGCCCUGAAGAAAGCUGAUGAGGAGAAGGCCACCCUUAGGCAGAGGGUUGCUGAUGUGGAGGCGAGCCUUCGGCUGGAGAAGGAGGCCACGGAGCAGAGGCUCAAAGAUGCUGAGGCCAGGGGGAAAUCCGCAGCCGAGGAAAUUGCCGCAGUUGCCGCCAAGACCGCCGCCGAGGCCGCCGACAUCGCCAAGGCCGAAGCGGUAGCUGAAGCUGAGAAGAAGGCCGUCGAGUCUUUUCUUGCCGAGGGCUGGAUGGCAGCUGAUCAUGAGGGUUGGGUGGCCUCGGUGAUGGAGAAGAGGGUGGAUGCUUGGACCCAAGGCCCCGGGGCUAUGUGGCUGGCCCGGAAAGGCAAGGAUUACUACGAUGGCGGGGAGUUCUUCACUCAACGCUUAGUGUACCGGAGGCUGGCCCGGCAUUUGAAGAUAGAGCCAAAGGAUUUCAACCCCGCGGCGUAUGGUCUCCCCCUCCUUCAGCCAGACGUUAGAGUGCCACUUCCCCCGGGCGAAGAGAGACCGGAUCUCGAAGAUUCGGAGCUGCUGGCGGAAGCCGAGGAUGCCGAGGAGGAGGUUGGGGAUGGCGCUACCUCCGAGC